AAGGGGGCGUGGUUACGUCAAGGGGGCGUGGCCUCAGUCUGCUGCGCCGCCUCAGCGAAGGCGGGGGGGAUACGCCAAAAAAAACCAAAAAAAAACCCCAAAAAAACCCCAAAAAACCCCCAAAAAAGCGUCCGGAGGGGCUCGCCCGGGCCGCCCCCAGCUCGCCAUGGUGUCGCUGCUCUGCUGCGGGCCCAAAAUGGCGGCGUGUGGGCUCGUCCUCAGCGCCUGGGGCGUCGUGAUGCUGGUGCUGUUGGGCAUUUUUUUCAACGUCCACUCGGCCGUGCUGAUCGAGGAUGUGCCUUUCACUGAGGAGGACUUCAAGGGCGGCCCCGAGCGCAUUUACCGCCUGUACGAGCAGGUCAGCUACAACUGCUUCAUCGCCGCGGGGCUCUACGCGCUGCUCGGCGGCUUCUCCCUCUUCCAGAGCCGCCUCAACAAGCGCAAGGAGUACAUGGUGCGCUGAGACCCGAAACCGCCGUUUUUCACCCCAAAAAAAUCCCUUUUUUCUUUUUUUCCGUUUAAAAAUCCCAUUUUUUCCACGCUUGGAGGACCAAUUUUUUCCCGCGCGGAAGCGCGCUCGGGGCUGGGUAAUGAAUAAAUUUGUUGUGUAUU